CGCGAUGCGGGUGGACAUCGAUAAUAUGGAAGUGACAGUGAUUAUUGUGAUGCUACUUUCGUUAUCUGAGGCUACCAAUAUCGGGGAUAUGUCGGCCAGGAGCAAAAACAGGGGGAAGGGAUCUAUGUGGUGGGGUAUCGCGAAAGCUGGGGAACCAAACAACCUAUCACCCCUUUCCCCCGGAGUUCCCUACCUAGAUUCCUCGGCGUACUACGGCACUCUCCGGAGGAAGCAGAGGCGACUAGCCAGGGAGAAUCCUGGUCUUUUGGACGCCAUCGCCAAAGGCGCCAAAAUGGCGAUAAACGAAUGCCAGUUUCAAUUCAGGAACCAACGGUGGAAUUGUUCCACCAGGAAUUUCCUUCGAGGGAAGAAUUUAUUCGGGAAAAUCGUCGAUAGAGGUUGUCGAGAAACGUCCUUCAUCUACGCCAUAACAUCGGCGGCGGUGACCCACGCGAUAGCCAGAGCUUGUAGCGAGGGCACGAUCGAUACCUGCAACUGCGACACGCACUACAAGGGGCGGCCGCAGGUGUUCGCCAACGGCAACAACGCCGCCGCCGUCGCCAACGUGCGGGACUUCGAGUGGGGCGGCUGCUCGGACAACAUCGGCUUCGGCUUCGACGUCAGCAGGGAGUUCGUGGACACGGGAGAGCGCGGCAAGAGCCUCCGGGAGAAGAUCAAUCUGCACAACAACGAGGCGGGACGAUGGCACGUCCAAUCUCAGAUGAGACAGGAAUGCAAGUGCCACGGCAUGUCGGGCUCCUGCACGGUGAAGACCUGCUGGAUGCGGCUGCCCUCGUUCAGGGUGAUCGGGGACCUGCUGAAGGAUAGGUUCGACGGCGCCUCGCACGUCACGGCGUCGAACGGCGGCAACGGCAGGAACAACAACAAAGGCCACAGCAACAGGCUGAAGCACCCGCGCAUGAACUCCAUCAUGUCGAACAGCAUCCACGCCAAGCGCGAGAACCGCAGGAAGCUGCACAAGUACAACUUCCAGCUGAAGCCGUUCAAUCCCGAGCACAAGCCGCCGGGCGUGAAGGAUUUGGUUUACUACGAGAUGUCGCCGGGAUUUUGCGAGAAGAACCCCAAGCUGGGUAUACAGGGGACGCACGGAAGGCACUGCAACGACACCUCGAUGGGGGUGGAGGGUUGUGAUAUCAUGUGCUGCGGUAGAGGGUAUCGCACCCAAGAAAUCGUCGUCGUCGAACGGUGUAAUUGUACUUUUCAUUGGUGUUGUGAGGUGAAAUGCGACAUUUGUAGAACAAGGAAAACUAUACAUACGUGCGUUUAAACUAAAUUUCUCGCCGUUUUAUUCAGAAUCAGAGAGCAAGAUUUUAACGUACUAUAAACUAGACAAUAACAUAACGUGCUGCAAGUUAUUAAAAGGUUUUUUUUCAUCAGUAUUAUGUAAUUUGUAUAAAAUAGAAAGACUGACUGUUAGUUUGUAGUUAGUAAUUUGUAUAUAAUAUUUGGAGACGUGGAUGAUCUCUACCUACAUGUGGGGAAAGAAACCCAGUGAUUUUUAAUGAGAAAAUACAUCUUUUCUGUAAACUUACUUGAUACUCAGUAGCGUGUCUUCUACAUUAUUUUUCAGGUGUGGCAAUGGGAAAAUGACCCGAUUUGGAAUUUUACAUUAUUUUGAUAAUUAAAAGAUAAUGAGAAGUUUUUUACUAAGGACCAUUUCCCAUUUCCAAAAUAUCUAAAUUUCUCCCUAAAAUCUAUAAAUUCACAGGCGUUGUAAGAAAUUCUUAACGUAUUAAUUAAUUUAUUCGCAUGUAAAUAAAUAAAUCAGCG